GUUCCGUGCACUUCCGCGUGGCUUUGCAAUGGAGGGUUUGCGAACACAGCGCAUUUUAGAGAAUCUAGAACUGCUUGAGAAAUUCACUAAAAUAUCAUCUUCAGAUGCUGAGAGGGUUAAACAAAUGUAUGGUAUCGGGAAGACGAAGGUAUCUGCCUCAUGCACACGUACAAAGUCAAAGAAAAGAAGGUUGACAAAGCGAAAACCAACAAAUGUUGUAGUCUCUCCACACAGUUCAAAGCCAAAAAGAAGAAGAAGGUCCCCACUAUCUUCAGAUAGUGGUAGUGACUGCCUAAGCAGUGGUGAUGAGUGGGCACCUAAGUUACGAGGUGAAUGUAGCAGGACAACUGGGGAAAUCUCAGGUGAAAAAGAAGCCCACUCCGGAACUCCUAAAUUGAUGCAGCUUACCGAUUCUGAAGGCAGCCGUUAUCCGAAGAGAACCAAAGAAAGGCCAAACUACGCUGCAGAUAUAAAGAUCCCCGAAGAUGAUAGGUACCUGUAUUGCUACACAUGCAAACGCUCAGUGGUGGACGGUUGUUUCGACCAUCCUGUCAGAUGGAUUGAGAACUUACCUUUGGCUGUUUGUAAACAGGCAGAGGAUAAAUAUGCAUUCCAUCAGAAAACGAAAUGUGUCUGCGGACAGCCGUAUUAUGAGCAUGCGGCGAAAACUGCACCUGGGGAAUGGGUCAAAAUUUUAAGGUCCCGAAUCCCUGGUGCAGGGCUUGGCGCGUAUGCAAAUGCAGAGAUAGAAUGUGGUACUGUUUUCGGUCCAUAUGGGGGACAAGUCGUGUACUUGGACGAAAUGAGUACUUCCGAGAAAGACAGAAGAUCGCGUGGUGGCUAUGCGUGGCUUGUCAGGGCGAAUGUAGAUGGUGUCAAGGCACACUUGAUCGAUGCUCGAAACUGUUUAAGUUCUAACUGGUUGAGAUUUGUUAACUGCGCCAGAUUCGAUGAGGAACAAAACCUCGUGACAGUUCAGUAUAGGGGGAAGAUAUACUACAGAGCAUGCAAAGAUAUUCCAAAAUUUCAGGAGCUUCUGACGUAUUACGGAAAGGAGGUCAUCGAUUUCAGUGUGGUGAAUGUGGAAAGCUCUUCUCCUGUGCGGGACAUUUGAAGACUCACUCUCAGUCUGUUCAUGAAGGUAAAAGAUAUCGGUGUGACGUGUGUGGGAAGGAAUCCACUCAAGCUGGCGAUUUGAAGAAACACAUGGAAUCAGUCCAUGGAGGUAAAAGAUAUCGGUGUGACGUGUGUGGGAAGGAAUCCACUCAAGCUGGCCAUUUGAAGAAACACAUGGAGUCAGUCCAUGGAGGUGAGUUUGUUGUUUUGUGUAUUUAUUAUUCACCACAGUUUCAUGUUGACUUGAUGAAUUUCACACUUCACUAUUGUGUCACAGACAUAUGACCAAUGUGGUUCCGUUUUGUGCAUUUGAAGUGAUUGAUGCAGGUGUAGAGUGUAAGUGUUCUGCCUACGAUUCGGUAAUUUUGCUAGAAUUUCCUUUGUAAAAUGCAUUUCGGAGAAUCAGCUUUCACGAUUUUUUUCGUUGGUGAUUGCCAUGACUGAAAUAGCAGGACAUAUCUUGUUAGUUUAGUCACCGCUGAUUUCGUGUAGUUUGUUCUUGUAAAUUCACUCACUUCCUUGGUUAGUGGUCGUAUGUUGUGUGACUAACUCACUAACCCACUGUCUCGACUACCUUUCUUUUAAUUUUAGCAAUGGUGUGGUUGAUUGUGGUGUUUAUAUCGUUGACGGAUGAUGGUUGAAUGUGAAUGGCUUUAUUAUGUCGUGAAGUGAAAUAAUGUAAUGCUAACUGCUGUUUCACUUGAUGAACUGUAACGCUUCAUUAAGGACACCGUUUAUGGGAAACGGUGAGAACUCUAUAAUUCAUUUGAAUGUCUUCACUUCCAUGCAUUGUGUGUAUCGAAAAGUAGAAAUGUAAAUAGUAAAUAGUAGUUAUAGUAAUAAAGCUUUAUUUCAGAACAUAUGUACGGUGUAAAAGAAAGCAUCUUAGAGAGAAUUCACUACAUCAUUGAUACCCCAUGUUUCAUAGUGUGCCAGCCAGUCGAUUGGGCACGCACGUACAAGGGUGUAUGCAACUCAGUGUGUGAAGGAAAGAUGCAAAUAGGAGGGAUUUAUAAUUUUUCCCAAAUUCCACUUCACUUGAAAAUGUCAUGGAGGAUGAAAUUGAUCAAUUCAUAAUUCAUGGAAAUUUCUUUUUAUCUCUCCUCUUAUGGGAUGUUCAGUUCAUCUAAGUGUCACAGUGGCAAUCUGUGUUUUAGAUGACUAAAACGUGUCUCUCAUACGAUGUAUGAAAUAGCAACUAUAUCUUUGCGAUCUUCAAGUAAGACAUUCAAACAGAAUCCUCGUUGUUAAGAGCGUGUUACGAGGAGAUAAAUCACUUAUAGAACCGUUUAGAUAGUGUUGACUGGUGACGGUUUACAGUCGUGUCACGGAAAGAAUUCAUAACUGUGAUCAUUUUAAUGAUGUAAUACGAAGGAAAUAAAAAUUAUCAGUUGUCUUAUUUAAAUUACAUCUUUACUGUUUAACUUCUGUCUUAAAUUGUUUCUACUCUUCAGGGAAACCAAAAAAGGAUGUUAAAUCAUAGAAAGCAGCAUGCAGUUGAAAGAAGAAAACGAUUGCCGGCAGAGUCAAGGAUAUUUGUGUUCUUUUUUAUACAAUCAUACUACUUUUUCACUACUUAAAUAAACUG